AUGUGGGGCCCCUUAAAGAGGUGCGCCGAGCAGACGGCACGGACUUUCUCCGUUGAAAAUCAGCGAGAUGAAGAGCAGCGCCAACCCGGCACCAUGCGCUCCAGGCUCCCACGGACCGCCUGCCUAUUGCGACUCUUUGCACUCUGCAUCCUCCUCUCGCACACUGCUGCUUAUUUUGGGCUGACAGGUCGGGAACCCUUGGUGUUUUUACCUGGUCCGUUUUCCAAUGAACCUCCGACGGGAAAAGCCCACCUGAAGCAGUGCGAGCAGAUGACUCUGACCAGGCGGCAGAAGAGACUGUGUCGCAGGGAGCCCGGUUUGGCCGAGACGCUGCGGGAGUCGGUGCGCCUCAGCCUCCUGGAGUGUCGGUAUCAGUUCAGGAGUGAGCGCUGGAACUGCAGUCUGGAUGGCCGGGGGAGCCUUCUGAAAAGAGCAUUCAAGGAGACUGCCUUCCUACUGGCAGUGUCCUCUGCAGCACUGACCCAUGCACUCGCCAAAGCGUGCAGCUCGGGCCGAAUGGAGAGGUGCACGUGUGACGAUUCCCCCGGCAUCCAGCAUCGUGAAGCGUGGCAGUGGGGGGUCUGCGGUGACAACCUGAAAUAUAGCACCAAGUUUCUAAAGAAGUUCCUCGGCCAAAAGAGGGUCAGCAAGGACCUGAGGGCUCAGGUCGACGCCCACAACAUCAAUGUUGGAAUUCGGGCAGUGAAGAGCGGGCUGAAAACAACCUGCAAAUGUCACGGUGUCUCCGGCUCUUGCGCCGUACGGACUUGCUGGAAGCAGCUAUCGCCUUUCCACGACACUGGGCGGCUGCUGAAGUACCGAUACGACACUGCAGUGCGAGUGCUGAGUGUCACCAACGCAGCCACGGGGGAGACAGAGCUCUCAGGCCCCCGCCGUCACGGCCAGAGCCUCCGCACUACUGACCUGGUCUACCUGGAAGACUCCCCCAGCUUCUGCAGGCCAUCCCGCUACUCCCCGGGUACAGGCGGCCGGUCAUGUGCCAAAGACACCAGCUGUCAGAGUCUGUGCUGUGGACGGGGUUACAACACAGCCAUGCGUCUCACCAGCCUGUCCUGCCACUGCCAGGUACGCUGGUGCUGCCACGUGGAGUGUCAGACAUGUGUGAGGGAGGAGGAGGUGUAUACCUGCAAAACUGCAUAAACAAACAAUGAGAUAAAAGAAAUACAGGGAGUAUGUGAAGACGUGCAAAAAAGAGACAGUGGAAAAAUGUGAGAGAGAUAAAGAGUUCAUCAUUGAUCAGACUUGUGGACAUGGCUGAACUUUAAUCUCCUAGAGACAAUACGCUGCUCUGAUCUCACAUCAGAGCAUGUCUUUGCAGAUCUCCAAUCUGAGUUGCAUGUUAUUUUGGGAGGAAUAUACACUUAUCAUUGUAAAAUUGUCGGUUAUUUGCUAAUCAUCACCAAUAUGAUAUGCAGCCGCUUACAGUAGGUGAGGAUGUUGUCAAACUACUCUACUUUCCUCUCACUGGAUGCACUGAAAUCCCACUCUUCUGGGACGGAGGGAAACAAGCUCUUAAAAACAGGUACUGGACUGGACCGGGUGCCACCAGCAGUACAAAGCCAAACCCUGUCUGCAGGGGAGCUCUGACACUGACUUUGUUGUAUUGAAAUUAUCCAGCUUCAUUUGACUAUUUAUUGUACUGGUCCUUGUGUCUGUUGUACUGCUGCUUCAUACUUUAACCUUCUUAUAAUCGAGAGUUGCCACUGAGGCUAAAAAUGGCCUUAAAAGGAAUCUACCUGUCUGUCUUUCUGUCUGCUGUGUUUUAUUUUCUGCUGUGGAGAACCGUUUAGAGUUCUUUUCUGAGUAAAAAGCACUUAAGUUGCUCUUGCUACAUAUCAUACAAAGUGUAUAGUUAAUCACAGAAGUUAGAAAAAAAAUGUUUAGUUCUAAAUAUAUGUAUAAAUACAACCACUGGAGGCUUUGAAGGGUGGUUAAUGCCACUGAUAUACAUUGCUACUACAUGCAUUCACUGGGUUAUUGUGUAAAGGAACAAGCUAGGUUUCAGUUUCAGUUGCUCUUAUGGAAAUAUCUAUGGAAAUCUCUACAUGUAGCCUAAUGUGUGCUCAGCAGAACAAAGGGAAAUGCCUGGAGUAAUAGAGAGGGAAACGCCAAACAUUAUCCUCGAAAAUAGCUGCAAACAAGGCUGAAACACCAAAUUUGUGAACAUACUAGUUCUUCUCUUUUUUUCUUCUAUAUAUAGACACACACUUUGCAAUACUUUCAAGUUUAAAAUUGCCUGAUUGAACCAUUUGGUCUUCAAAGUCUAAUUUAGCCACGUCUUUGUUCUCAGUGCCUUUGAACUGGGCCAGUCAUUGCAAAUUGCAAAUCAAAGACAAUCACUGUGUUUACUCCCUUAUGCUCACAUCCAAAUCAGUGUGUCCAUGUGUGCAGGUCAAAAGUGCACGUUAGACCCAAAAGAUUUAUUUUUAUUGGCCAGUUUCUGUUUUAUGUGAAUGAUUCUGAACUGUAUAUAUGAUAUGAAUAUAACUCAUGUCAGGGCUCCAGGUGUGUGAAAAUGUGGAAUCGUAAUUUUCUACCUCACUUCAUCUUUUGGCAAAUAUCAGUAAGAUUUAUGAGCUAUGCAGAGUUAUUCUCUCUGUAGAUACAUGUCCUUUUCUUUGCAUUUGUUUUAAAGGUCACGCUUUAGGUUUUU